UCAACGAUGUUUUGCUGCGACUGUUUUGGAACGGACCGAUAUUUCCAGUAGCCCAAGACGCAAUGAUGUUUAACUUAAGCUAAAUGAAAGAUUUCAUGUUCAUCUCUGUUUGCUUCAACCGCCGUUUUUCAGCGAAAUAAUCACUAUAUUUUUGCUCCGUUGACUAUAAUAUUUAUUUCAACACAGAGCUGGUGUAUAUUUAGGUUCUAUUGUUGCGUCUUAUUUCCUGGGACUGUAUAAAAGCUGCAUCCUUUUUAAAGUAUUGUAAUAAAUAUUUUACCACGAUUGUCAGAGUUGACUUUUAGCGUCCUUUUUGUGCAAGAAUAAGAAGAUGAGAGUAAGAUCUUCAUAUGGAGAGAGAGACUGCGGACGGGACAAAGGGCCUCGCUUUGGUUCCAGCCGAGCUGUUCCACCGCCUCCCAAGAAGUUUGGGAAUCCUGGAGACCGGCUAAGAAGAAAGAAAUGGGACCUGGACCAGCUGUCCAAGUUUGAGAAGAACUUCUAUAGUGAACACCCAGAAGUUCAUUGCAUGAGUCAGUAUGAUGUUGAAGAAUUUUGCAAGAGGAAAGAGAUCACUGUCAGAGGCAAUGGCUGCCCAAAGCCCGUCACCAGCUUCCAUCAAGCUCAGUUCCCUCAAUACGUCAUAGACAUACUGUUGCAGCAGAAUUUUAAGGAGCCCACUGCUAUCCAGGCUCAAGGUUUUCCUCUAGCUCUCAGUGGCAGAGACAUGGUGGGCAUUGCUCAAACCGGCUCUGGAAAAACACUGGCUUAUCUCCUUCCUGCCAUAGUACACGUUAACCACCAACCCUACCUGGAGAGAGGCGAUGGUCCCAUAUGUCUUGUGCUGGCACCCACACGUGAAUUGGCCCAGCAGGUGCAACAGGUGGCUUAUGAAUAUGGCAAAACAUCCCAGAUCAAAAGCACCUGUGUGUAUGGAGGUGCUCCAAAGGGUCCACAGAUCAGAGAUUUAGAGAGAGGUGUUGAAAUUUGCAUCGCCACACCUGGUCGUUUGAUCGACUUCCUGGAGGAAGGAAAAACUAGCCUGCGUCGCUGCACAUACCUGGUCCUGGAUGAGGCUGAUCGUAUGUUGGACAUGGGAUUUGAACCUCAAAUUCGCAAAAUAGUUGAACAAAUCAGACCUGAUAGACAGACACUGAUGUGGAGUGCUACUUGGCCUAAAGAGGUGCGUCAGUUGGCUGAAGAUUUUCUUCGCGAAUAUGUCCAGAUUAACAUAGGAGCUCUAGAACUGAGCGCAAACCACAACAUCCUGCAGAUAGUGGACGUCUGCAUGGAAAAUGAAAAAGAUACCAAGUUGAUUCACCUAAUGGAGGAAAUCAUGGCUGAAAAAGAAAAUAAAACCAUCAUUUUUGCUGAGACAAAAAAACGUUGUGAUGAACUAACUCGCAGGAUGCGAAGAGAUGGGUGGCCUGCAAUGUGCAUUCAUGGUGACAAGAGCCAGCCAGAGAGAGACUGGGUACUAUCAGAGUUCCGCAGUGGAAAGGCACCUAUUCUGAUCGCAACUGAUGUUGCUUCACGGGGACUGGAUGUGGAGGAUGUCAAGUUUGUCAUCAACUAUGACUAUCCAAAUUCAUCAGAGAAUUACGUUCAUCGUAUUGGGCGCACUGCCCGCAGUACUAACAAAGGCACAGCCUACACCUUUUUCACGCCUGGAAACCUGCGGCAGGCUCGAGAUCUGGUGCGGGUUCUAGAGGAGGCCAGGCAAGCCAUCAACCCCAAACUACUGCAGCUGGUGGACACGAGCCGUGGGAGUGGAGGUGGACGGACACGUUACUGCAACUCAAGCUCAAACAACCCCAACUUAAUGUACCAGGAUGAAUGCGAUCGUCGCUUGCACCCUGCACCCGGUUGCAACAAGGAAAGCCGCAAAAAUAGCUUCGGCAAAGAUGGGUGGUCAGGUGGAAGCAAGCGCAAUGACCGCUCAUCAUCUUAUAGAGAUCGCAGCAGAGAUGUGCAGAGCAACUACAACUCAGGAUCUUCCGACAACGCAGGAGGAGGUGACCAACACCAGGGCUACAGAAGAGAGGGGCAGUAUGACUCCAGAGGGGGCAGCUCCCAGUCAGGCGGUCCUAGUAGCGGAAGAGGAGGAGGGCAAGAUAAACCUGGACCCCCUCCGGGACCGUUUGUACAGCCUUCUCAAACCACUCCUCAGCCUGGACCAGGUCCACAACCACUCAUGGCACAGCAGUUCCCUCCUCUGCCACAACCCAUGAUGGGCUUCACUGGCCCAGGGCAAUAUCCGUUUGCCCACCCACCACCCCCAUCUUCCAAUGUCCGAAAAUAAAAUCCAUUGCUUUUCAAAAUUGUUUCUGGAACAAUAACCUUGUUUCUAUCAUUUGAGCAAUUAAAAGUAAUUGCCUAAUAUAUCCUGUACUAUUUUAUUCACUGUUGCGUUCUAUAGUUAAGUAUGGUUUAACCGUUUAUCAAGCUAUAGGUCUAGAGAGAUAAAUGCUAUUUAUCCAAUCAUUUUAGCUUUAUUCAUUACAUCAAUAAUCUAUAGAUAUGAUUGUUUUUGUAUUUUCCUGAAUAAAGGAGUGCAUUCUGUUUGA